UGUUUCCGGUUAUAACUGUCGAUUGUGACCCCGGCUUGAACAGAGCCCUGCCUCUGUCUGAAGAUAUAAUCUUUGGUCUAAUUUCUGAAACGUCCCAGGGUGUCCCCCCUCUCCAUGUGUGUUCCCUGAUGGGCGGCUGGUCUCGAAGUGCCGUGCUGGAGCUGUACCGGGCGCUGCUCCGUGCAGGGCGCCACCUUCAGUACACCGACCGCAACUACUAUCGCCGUGCCGUGGCUCGCGAGUUUCGCCGCUGCCAAGCCUUGACAAUACCUGAAGAUAAGGAGGACGCACUGAAGAGGGGCCAGUUCUUCCUCAACAGCCGAUUGGGUGGUCUUAUGUAG